CCUGCCCCUCAUCCGCCAGCAUCCACGAUGAAGGCCGCUCCGCUGCUGGUCGCCUGGCACGACAACACCGAUCCGAUCUACUCCGCACAUUUCGAGCCUCAUGGCAAAGGCAGACUGGCUACAGCAGGCGGUGAUUGUCAUGUUAGGCUCUGGAGCAUUGAAGCCACGGGCGAUGAACGGAAAGUGACCUAUCUCUCCACGCUCAAGAAACACACACAGGCUGUUAAUGUAGUGCGGUGGUGUCCACGAGGCGAGCUUUUGGCAACUGCUGGCGAUGACGGCAAUGUGCUUCUCUGGACACCUUCUGACAACCCAGCGUACGCAACGAACUUUGGAGAUGACGGAUUGGAAGAUUUGGAACAUUGGAGAGUCAAGACAAUGUGUCGGUCGAGCAGUGGCUCGGAAAUAUACGAUCUGGCAUGGUCACCAGAUGGACAAUUCUUCAUCACAGGGAGUAUGGAUAAUGUGGCACGGAUAUACAAUGCUUCGACGGGACAAACUGUUCGUCAAAUUGCCGAGCACAACCAUUACGUUCAAGGGGUGGCCUGGGACCCCCUCAACGAGUAUGUGGCCACACAGUCGUCCGACCGCUCGGUCCACAUCUACACCCUCAAGACGAAGGAUGGCCAAUUCUCAUUGCAUCAGCACAACAAGGUGACAAAGAUGGAUCUACCUGGACGCCGCAUCUCAUCUCACAGUCCUGCUCCGCCUGAUCUUGGCCUCAACCGAGCAGCAUUCGUGCCGGACAUCACUUCGGAAGCCGUGGGCUCACCAAGACCAUCAGCACCGGGAACUCCACAAUCCUUGGCAUUGCCAAUGAAUCCACCUGCAACCUCUCACAGCCGUCGCUCAUCAUUCGGUUCUCAAGCAAUGAGACGAUCGGUCUCGCCAAGUCCUUCAAUGCCGCUCCCAGCUGUGAUGCCUUCCGCUUCGCCCAGCAUUUCCGGCAGCAUUGGACUAGGAGCUCGGAACGCUCACCUAUACGCCAACGAGACAUUUACAUCCUUCUUCCGCAGACUGACUUUCGCACCUGACGGCAGCUUACUGUUUACUCCGGCUGGACAAUUCAAGACGACUCACUCCUCCCUCGAUGGUGGCAAGCCCACAGACGAAAUCAUCAAUACGGUCUACAUCUACACUCGGGCAGGUCUGAACAAGCCGCCCGUGGCAUACCUUCCAGGUCACAAGAAGCCCUCGAUCGCGGUAAAAUGCUCACCUAUAUACUACCAACUCCGAUCGACAUCCAUCGAGACCAAGGAGAUCACGAUCGACACUCGAACGGCGGACGACAUUCAGCCUCUGCCUGAACCAGUCAUGCCCUCGAGAGGUCCCACAUCACAUUCAGCGAUGGAUCCACCGCCACUGAGUGCACCUUCUCCGUCUCCCAGCAACGCUACGAUGGCUUCACCGCGUCAGCGAUCAGAUUCCGAGACCAAACAGCCGGCGCCUAUACCGCCUCCAGGCCCAGUGCCAGCCUUCGGUCUGCCCUACCGGAUAGUGUACGCAGUCGCCACUCAAGACGCAGUCCAUCUUUACGAUACCCAACAGCAAAAGCCAAUCUGCGUUGUGAGCAAUCUGCACUACGCGACGUUUACUGAUCUUACCUGGUCAAGCGACGGGCUCACUCUACUCAUGACAUCCUCUGACGGCUACUGCUCGGCUCUCACCUUCGCUCCAGGGGAACUGGGUCAGAUCCACCACGCGCAGCCAGUGAGCGCGAGAGGCACUCCCGCUCCAAUCUCCAUCGCCAAGGCGAAUUCCGCCGCAUCCACACCACAACCCACUCCGACUGGCACCGUCGCUCCUCCGUCAGUACCCAACUCUGCCGGCUUCACACGCGGCCGCCCCGCCAGCCCAGCAAGAAGCAUGUCAGCGUCUUCCAUCGCCACGGAAGCUAGCUUUGCACGAGUGCCCGACCAAAACCCACCUCCAGUGAUGAACAAUCCAACGCCGUCAAUGAGCUCAGUACCAUCACUUGCAGCAGCUGGUUCGUCAUCCGCAGUGCCACUCUUCACGCCUCCACAAACGCCUGGACAGAACCAAACGAGUGGCGCUACGAGCACCAACGCGAGCUUUGCAGCUACGACUCUGAAGCGGGAGUCCAGUGUGAGCAACACGUCCGAGCAAGACGACCAGGGUCGCGAGAAGCGAAGACGGAUCGCACCUACGCUUGUCAACGACCCUUCGGCUCCUCCUUCUGCUCCGGUUCCCGCUCGCGCACCCGCACCCAGCGACAGCAGCGCACGGUAA